UCAGUUUCACUGUAGAGAACUGUAGGGAACACACACAUAUAUACGCAGAUGAGCCACUGCAGCAGAAGCAAAGUUAAUGGAGAAUUACUUACAGAAUACAUACCUAUGAGCACGAUUACGUAGAAAAUUAUUCACUACUUCUUCAGCUGAAAAAGCAAAAAAUGGUUAUCGGAAGCCGCCUCCUCAUGUCACGAACUCUCUCUCUCGCCGCCGCGCCGCUCACCGCCGCCGCCGCGACAACCACCACCCUUCAACAAAUCGCUUCUAAUCACCCCAAAGGUCUUGCAAAGGUUGUGCUGAAAAAGGGGAAAACUCAGCUCUUCAAAGAUGGCAGCCCGAUGGUAUACAGUGGUGCAGUUGAUCGAAUAAUCGGUAGACCGCCUCCCAAAACAGGGGAUGCUGUCUUAGUCACUGAUGGCACUGAAACACCCAUCGGUUGGGGCUUGUACAAUUCCGUUUCUAUGUUUUGCGUUCGCCUCAUGCAACUCGAAGAUGAUGCAUCACGAGAUCCGUCAUCUGUCCUGAAUGUGGACGCACUUCUCGAGAAUAGGAUAAAUGCUGCUAUUGAAUUAAGAGAGAGAAUAGGACUUCCUUCAGCUAAGACAAAUGCGUAUCGUCUUGUCAACAGUGAAGGAGAUCGGUUAUCAGGCCUUAUUGUCGACAUAUUUGGAGACGAAGCGGUGAUUGCUUCUUCUGCAGCUUGGGUUGAAAAGUACAAGCAACAAAUAAAAGCUUGCAUCGGCAAAAUAGACAAUGUCAGCCAUAUAACUUGGAGACCAUCCAUUGAUAUCUUGAAGGAAGAAGGGCUGGAUUUAUCCGACUCAGGAGAAAUAGAUUUGUCGAAUUCUCCCAAAAAAGCUAAGGUAAAAGUCGGAAAUCACUACCGUCAUGCCUUGUUUGGCUCUGGCUACCACGGGAUUCUAUGCCGACAACGUGACAGCCGCCAAUACAUAUCAUCGAUUUCGGAGGGUAAAGUACUCGAUAUUUGCUGUUACACUGGCGGUUUUGCCCUAAAUGCAGCAGGCGGUGGUGCUAUUAGUGUCACCGGUGUCGAUUCAUCUUCUCCUGCUCUUGACAUUGCCAAGGAGAACAUUGUUCUCAAUAACCUCGACUCGAGAAUAAUAUCGUUUCUUAAAGAAGAUGCUACGUCUUUCAUGAAGGGUGCAGUCUCUAGAGGUGAUUCUUGGGAUAUAGUUAUUUUGGACCCACCAAAAUUAGCUCCUAGUAGAAAGGUAUUACAAAGUGCAUCUGGUAUGUAUAGGAAUUUAAACUCCUUGGCUAUGCAAAUAACAAGAAAAGGUGGGCUGUUAAUGACAUGUUCGUGUUCUGGAGCUAUGACUCAAAGUGGGACGUUCCUACGCAUUCUACAGGGUGCUGCAUCAAUGGCCGGUCGAAAGAUAACAGUUAUACGUAGAGCAGGAGCAGGCGGUGAUCAUCCUAUUGAUCCUUCUUAUCCAGAGGGAGAAUAUCUCUCCAAUGUUUUACUUCGAGUACUGUAAAAUUUUAUUGCAUUCUUGUAUUUCAAUUAUAAUAAAUUACAAAAUUUUGUCAUGAAGAAUACCAAUUAUUUGUAA